AUGCCACGACAUCGCUCGCGGUCCUCUCUGGAUCUCACGAGGAUGUAUCACGAAAGCGCAAAAAGCAUGCGCGUCAAUCCCACGAUGAGCGCGGCGACACUGGACGACAUGUUUAUGACUGAACCGACCGUACGUGGCGAAAUUGGAGAAAUCACCAGGCAUGAUAAAUUCGAUAUGACGCGCAUGGGCAAGAAGCAGGAGAUGCGAAGAGUCUUUAGGCAGUUUUCGAUUCUGUCUUUUACCUGUGUCAUCAUGGGCACCUGGGAGUUUCUACUCACCGCAAACACCCAAGGACUGGUUGCCGGUGGCCUGGCAGGACUUUUCUGGAGUUACCUUUGGACUUUAGUUGGAUUUGGUCUGAUUAUCGCGAGUAUGGCCGAAAUGGCGUCGAUGGCUCCAACGUCGGGCGGCCAAUAUCAUUGGGUGUCCGAGUUUGCACCAAGUAGCUGCCAGAAGUUCUUGAGCUACACUACUGGGUGGUUGAGCUCGAUGUCUUACCAGGCUGGAAAUGCUUCUGGCUUCUUCUUAGCAGGAACGGUCAUUCAAUGCCUGGCCAUGGUCAAUUACCCGGAUUAUGCAGCUCCCAACUGGCAAAGUACAAUGUGCGUCCUGGCUGUGGUGCUGAUUUCGGGCAUCUUCAACAUUUUCUGCUCGAAAUGGUUUCCGGUGAUGAAUAAUAUCUCGAUGACGUUCCAUAUUACGGGCUUUGUGGCAGUGGUGGUUGUCCUAUGGGUUCUUGCACCCCACCCUCCUGCACGAGAAGUCUUCAUAGGCUUCUCGGACAUGGGUGGCUGGUCAUCAAUGGGGCUGAGCGUGAUGGUCGGUCAAAUCAGUGCUAUUGCUUCACUUGGGUGCUCUGAUGCUGCAGCACAUAUGAGCGAAGAAGUCUCCGAUGCCAGUCUUUCAGUACCUCGAUCCAUGGUGUGGACCUUCAUGAUAAAUGGGAGCACGGGCCUGAUCUUCUUGGUUACAAUUCUCUUCGCAAUCCCAUCUGUCGAAGACGCUGUUGCCGACCCCACUGGUUACCCAUUCCUCUAUAUGUACAAGGUGGCCAUGCCAAACAGCAACGUCGGCACGAACAUCUUGACAAUUGUGCCGGUGCUAAUGCUCAUGGUUGGCAAUAUCUCUUUCACGGCAUCCUGCGCUCGCCAGGCCUGGUCUUUUGCUCGCGAUCGAGGCUUGCCAUUCUCGAGAUGGAUUUCCAAGAUGGAUAAUAGGGUGCAUGUUCCCGUCAACGCAACUUACCUGACGCUAGCAUGCACAACUCUGCUCUCGCUCAUAAAACUGGGCUCGAAUGCAGCCUUCAACGCCAUCCUGAGCUUACAGCUGUCGACACUGAUGGCAUCCUACCUGAUCGCGAUCACUUGUGUCGUGAUUCGCAAGAUCCAGGAUCCGGACUCAUUACCAAGGGCACGAUGGUCUCUUGGACGGUAUGGGCUUCCCAUAAAUGUUGUCGCGAUGCUUUAUUCGGCCUUUGCCUGCUUCUGGUCCUUCUGGCCGAAUACAACGCUGGUUGGCACGACUAGUGAAAAUCUGGAGUCUUUCAAUUGGGCACCGGUCAUAUUUGUGGGAGUUUUCAUUGUUGCGAUGGUGACUUACGUCGUGCAGGGGAGGUUUGUGUAUGAUGGACCGGUGGCUUUGGUGAAGAAGAUAUGA